AUGUCCCAAGCGGCUCCUCUCCGCGAGGAUAUCCACCCCAUCUUUCAGACCACCAAUGCAAGCCCUAACCGGCUAGUACAUUUGAUUCCAGAUGAGUUGGCAAGCGCAGUACCGGAUCAUCCACUCUUCGCGUACCCAAAGACGGCCAAACCUCAGGAUGGCUUCGUAGACGUCUCCUGCAAAACAUUCGCUGAUGCAGUCAACCGAGUGAGCUGGUACCUGAGGUACCUCUUGGGACCUCCCAAGAACUUUGAGACAAUUGGGUAUAUGGGACCUAGUGACAUACGCUACUUUUUGUUCAUGUUCGGGGCCAUCAAGGUUGGCUAUAAGAUGGUUUUCGUGUCCCCUCGGAAUAAUGUCGAGGCCCAUGUGAAUGUCCUCGCCGGCGUGGACUGCCAUGUGUUCCUCCGAGCCAAGGAGACAAACAUCGACGCUAUCUUGAAAGAGAGGCCGAUGCUUUCUUGGGUUGUCCCAGAGCUCGAGGAAUUCCUCAUGGAUUACCCAGUGGCAAUAUAUCCUUACAACAAGAGCUUUGAGGAAGCAUGGUCGGACCCAUGUCUUGUGCUCCAUACGACUGGAUCAACCGGUCUUCCGAAACCGAUCACUUGGAACGUCGGUAUUCUUAGCACGUAUGAAGCCUGGAGGACCAUUCCAGAAGUGGACGGAUACGUUCCGACGACAGAGGUAUAUCAGCAGUCUCGACGAGCCUAUACCUCUAUGCCACUUUUCCAUACGAGCGGGCUGAAUGCCGGCAUAACGUGGGCUAUGCUGCUUGGCGUCACUCUGGUUUACGGUGCGCCUCAGGUCAUUCCGAAUGCGAUAUACGCAGAUGAAAUGCAUCAAUAUGCCAACGUAGAUGCAUCUAUGGGAGCACCAUCGAUAUAUGAGGAACUUUGCCGUAACCCAGAGGCUCUUGAGAGGAUCAAUCGGCUCCACUAUGUUGUCGCCAGCGGUGCUCCCCUGUCUCACAAAGCCGGUGACCUCAUCUCAAAACAUACGCGGGUCAUCUGCAAUCUCGGGGCAACCGAAACUGCCUGCCUGCAACGACUAUCUCCCUCCAUCGACGACUGGCCCUACUUCCACUGGCAUCCUACCCAUUCCGGUAUCCAAAUGAGGGAGGCAUUGGACGGACUAUACGAGCUCUUCAUUGUUCGGGACCCAAAUUUGAAACUCUACCAGGGAGUGUUCAACACGUUCCCUGAUAUUGAGGAGUGGUCAAUGAGAGAUCUCUACUCGCGGCAUCCGGACCCAUCCAAGCCUUUCCUGUACAUGUACCAGUGCCGAAAGGACGACGUGAUCGUCCUCAGUAACGGUGAAAAGAUUGCACCCGCUUUAAUUGAGGCGACGCUGAUGAGCCACCCGCUCGUCAAAGGAGCCAUGGUAGUUGGCCAGGGACGGUUCCAGCCUGCCGUGCUGAUUGAUCUGCUCUGCGACGUGCCCCGCGACUCGACAGAAAAAUAUCAGUUGUUGGAAAGCAUGAAGCCAACCAUUGCCGAGGCUAAUACACAUGCGCCUGGGCACGGAAAGCUGGAUCAGUACCACAUUUUGUUCGCGGACUCAUCCAAGCCAAUCAAGUAUCUCGGACAAGGAAAGAUUCAGCGAAAGAGCACAUUCCACUUGUACGAGCAAGAUAUAGAGGAAUUAUACAAGACAGCCGAUGAGGCCGUUGAGCAUUCUGAGUUCCUGAACCUCCCUACUCUGGAACUCAACAAUCCUGCGACCGUUGCAUCGUGGUUGCAGCAGUUGAUCAAGGAAAUCACUGACCUGGGGCCGUUGCAACCAGAUACCGACCUUUUCGCAGCGGGGAUUGACUCGUUGCAGGUGAUCCAGAUGGCACGCGAAUUGCGAUUCCAGGCGAGAGAACUGGGUAUGGGGGAAAAAUCCGCUCAGAUGUUUCCUCCAGCAUCGGUAUACACCCAUCCAACCGUUGAUCAGUUGACUAGCCAUAUAUUAGAUCAGCUAAGCGUGACGCCAUCAUCCGGUGAUCAUUCCAUUGCAACAAAUGGCUCACAUGCAGACGAAAGCUUUCCACUUGCCCAAAUGCACCGACUGUUCCAGAAAUACUGCGAUAACCUACCGCAGUCGAGCGGCCGUCUUCCUCCUCCACCCUCGAAGAACAUGGUCGUUCUUCUCACUGGCAGCACAGGCUCUCUUGGGUCAUAUCUUCUUGACGAGCUCCAGAGGGACGAGAAUGUAUCGCACAUCAUCUGUCUCAAUCGAAGCGCCGAUGCUGCCCACAGACAUACCCAACUUGGCUUCCAGCGCGGUCUUAGCAGCGUAGAAUUUGGCCGCGUCGAAUUUCUACAGGCAGACCUCUCACAGCCAAAGUUCGGUCUUGAAGACGCGGCAUAUAGUCGAUUACUCCAGACUGUAACUCAUGUCAUCCACAAUCAAUGGGCAGUCAAUUUCAAUUGGAAACUCGCCAGCUUCGAGCCAUUUAUCCGAGGGGUUCGCCAUCUCAUUGACUUUUCCCACGCCUCUGCCAUGCAUUCUUUCAUCACUUUCAUCUCCAGUGUCUCCGCUGUUGGCUCCUGGGAUUCACCACACCCUGUGCCCGAAGGGCCCAUUCAUGACUUCUCCGUUGCUGCGAAGAUGGGUUACGGCCAGUCAAAAUUGAUUUCUGAAUGUCUUCUCGACAAGGCAGCCGAGGUUUCUGGGGUACAAUCUGCAUGCUGUAGAGUCGGGAUAGUCGCAGGCCCAAUUGAACAGCCUCUGGGUUUGUGGAACCCCAACGAGUAUAUUCCUUCGAUAUUCAUCUCUUCGGUGUAUUUGAACGCGUUCCCAGUAACCUUCCCAUCUAGAGACCGACUGGACUGGAUCCCGGUCGACAAGCUUUCCAAAGUCCUGUUAGAGAUUCUCCGCUACUCGACGGAAUCGAAUGAGACUCAAUUGCCCUCGGGGACACACGUCUACCACGUCAUCAACCCAUCAUGGACAUCUUGGUCUGAGAUUGCGCCGGAAGUCCUGGCUUGUUAUCCUGAUAAGCUAGAUAUACAACCUGUUUCUUUCGAGAAUUGGGUAGAGGACUUGAAGAAAGCCGUUGAGACGACAACAACUGACCCCAAAGCCAACCCGGCCGCCAAGCUACUUGACUUCUUCAAGAACGCGGUUCACGAGUCAGCUGAAGCUCGUAUGUUGCCACCCAUCCGUGCGCAGGAGGCCAGUUCUCUGUUACGACGCGUAGGAUGCGUGAACACACUAUGGAUCAGUAAUUGGAUGCGUCAGUGGGGGAUUAUCUCGGGCGGAUCGAGUGAGAGUAGUUUCCCGAGCGAGGAUAGUCUUGGGUCUGGCAGUAGUAGCGGCUUCCUGCCAUUGAACUAG